AUGGCGUACUCGUCCCGACCGACCUCGAUGAUGCCUGGUGCUGGGCUUCGCCAACCCCCCUCACAGCCAUCGUCGGCUCUGUCGACGCGUAUCGCGGCGAAAAAGGCCGAGCUCGAGAAUCUACGACUGCUACGCGACUUGAGCGGCACCCUCGCUAUGCAAAUGCAGGCGCUCGAGAGCAAGAUUGCCACGUUGAAGGAUGGCACGGAAGCGGUUGCAUGCGUGCUUGCCAAUUGGGAUAAUGUUCUCCGCGCUAUCAGUCUUGCGUCCAAGCAAGCCAGUGGGCUUUACGACGCCGGAGCCGAGGAGGCCGAUGAGUCCUCGAGUGAAACUCGUCUGCCAGCCACCUUGGUUCGCAUCCCGGCCGAACCACGCGAGAAAACGGGCGAGUGA